AUGGCGACCCUGGAGGACCAUCUCGCGCGCGACGAUAUACUCCAGGCUCUGGACAGGGAUCCGGCGUCCCGGGCGCUCGCUGCCGCACGCCGGCAGGAGCUCACGUCGGCUUUCUACGCGCAGCGCGAAGCAGGGGGACCGGGACACGCGCUCAUGGGCGGCAAGGACCGCGCCGCGGGCUUUCCCGGCGCGUACGGCGUCACGGACCUUUUGCGCGUGCAGCAGGAGCUGGAGAGGCUGCACGCUGACGUGGCAGCGGGGGCGGAGCGCGAGGCGCGGCUCGCGCGGGAGGUAGCGCUGGCGACGAGCCGCGCGAACGAGGCCGAGACGCUCGCGAACAGCCUCAAGGAAGAAUGUGAGAGUCGCGCCAAGGACAUGGCGAAAGCAGGCGCCGCGCGGCUGUCGGCGGAGAAGCGGUGCAACGUGGCCGAGGCGCGCGUCGUCGCCCUCGAGAGCUCCCUCGCCGCCCGCGAACGCGACUUCGAGAGCCUCCAGGCCACGAUGCAGGCCGCGCUCGACCGCAAAUCCUCCGAGCUCAGCGAGGCCCAGGCGCAGCUCGCGGCCCUCUCCGGCGAGAUCCGCUCGCUGGCGUCGUCGCACGACGCCAAGGCCACCGAGCUCCAGCAGGCCCUCGCGGCGGCCCGCGCGGACGCCGCGCGGCUCGAGGACGCGCUCCGCGCGGCGCGCGAGGCCACCGCGGAGCAGGCCGCGCGCGCCGAGAAGCUGACGCAGGCGGGGGGGGAGUACAAGAAGCAGCGUAAGGCGGCGCUCGCGGAGGCUGCGGAGCUGGAGGAGCUGCUGGGGAAGAGCGAGCGCGCGCGGCAGGAGGCGGAGCAGAAGCUCGCGAAGGUCAACGCGCGCAUGGAGCGGCUGGUGCAGGAGGAGGAGCACACCAGGGAGUACGCGGACCGGGAAUAUGCCUUGGUGGAUCAGAUUGUGUCGGAACGGAACAGUCUGCAGGUGCGGCUGCGGGAGGCGACGCGCGGGAAGAAGCGCGCGGAGCGGCGGGCGGCGACGUGCGAGGCGGACUGCGGGAACCUCGCGAACGAGCUGCGGGUGCGCAUCGAGGAGGUCUCGGGCCUCGAGGCGCUCACCAAGGACCUCGAGCGCCGCCACGCCGAGAAGACCCGCGCGCUCGAGCACCGCGUGCACGUCCUCACCACCCAGGUCCAGGACCUCGAGCUCGCCGCGGAGAAACAAGUCAAGCGCCACGAGAUUCUCCGCCGGGAGGUCACCGCGGAGGUCGAGGAGCGCUGCGCGCUCGAGUCCAAGCAGGCCCGCCUGAAGCUCGAGCGCCAGAUCCAGGAGCUGGAACUCGAGGUCAAGCGGCUGACGAUCGCGGACCAGGGUCUGGCGCAGGAUCUGUUCAAGGAGUGGAUGGAGUCGAAGAUGGACUCGCUGUCGCGCGCGCAGGGCGACGCGGUGGCGUCGCAGGCGCGCGGCGACCUGCAGCUGCUCAUGGAGCAGCGCGUCGCGGCGCUGGCGCGCGGGCACGUGCCGGCGGAGGAGCACGAGGCGGCGUGCAAGCGCGCGGAGAUGUCGGGGAGGGCGGCGGCGGAGGCGGAGUGGCGGUUGCGGCUGCAGCGCGCGGAGGACCGGCUGUCGGACGCGGCGGCGAGCGCGAGCGCGGAGAUCGGGGCGCGGGUCGCGGAGGCGGAGCGAGCGGUGGAGGCGCGGGUGCGGGCGGCGGCGAGCGCGAGCGCGGAGAAGGCGGCCGCGGCGCACGCGGCGGAGAUGGCCGAGGCGGAGCGGGCGCGCAAGGCGGCGGCGGCGCGCGUCGCGGAGCUGAGCGAGCAGCUGGAGGACGUGCGCGGCGCGCAGGAGGACACCGAGGCGCAGCUGCAGAGCACGAGCCGCGAGCUCGACGACGCCCGGAAGCUCCUCGCGAAGCACGAGACGGCGGCGGUGCACGCCGAGCAGCAGCACGACCGCCUCGCGGCGCGCAUCGCGGAUCUCGAGAAGUCCGCCGCGGCGCUCACCGCGCGCGCCACCGCCGCGGAGUCGGACCUGUCCGACGCGGCGCAGCGGGCGUCCCGCCUGGAGACGGACCUCGCACGCGCGCGCGAGGAGCUCCAGGACGCGACCGCGCGGCUGCGGCGCGCGGAGGAGGCCGCGAAGGAGCGGGAGGAGGAGCAGCAGGCGGCGCGCGCGGCGGAGAUGGAGGCGGUGGCCAGCGACCGCGAGGCGCUGCUGGCCGAGGCGCAGGCGCUCCUGGACCAGGUGACGAUGGAGUCGCGGCUGCGGAUGGGCGCCGUGCUCGAGGACUGCGCGGCCGUGCACCAGCGCAUCGAGAGCGACCUCGCGGCCGUCGGGCAGGCGCUCGACCGCUACAACGACUGCGUGCGCGACAAGAUGUCGUCCUCGCUCCUCGUCGAGUCCGAGGCCUCCCAGGAGCAGGUGUUCUCGUCCAUCUCCCGCGCCAAACGCACCCUGAACGACCUCGACGACAUCUUCGGGAGGGAGCUCCGGUCGCUCCGCGCGGCGCCCGCGCCGGGCGCGGACGACGCGCUCGCGCGCUUCUCCGCGCUCCCGCAGCCCGCCGCGGCCCUCGCGAGCCCCGCGGCGCGCCCGCCGCCGCCUGCCACUGCUGUCGUGGGGCGCGCGCUCGCGCCGGCGGCGCCCGCGGCGGCCCCGGCGGCGCCCGCGGCGCUCGAGGCGCUGCACCGCGAGAAGCGCGAGCUCCUCGACGCGGAGCGCGCCCUGAAGAAGAAGGUGGACGACCUGCAGCGGAGCGCGGAGGCGGAGCGCGCCAAGCACGCAGCGGCGGCGGACGCGUCCCGGCGGAAGCUGCGCGCCCUGGAGGAGGACCUGGGGGCGGCGAGCGCGGACGCGGCGCGCAAGGGCGAGGUCGUCGCGCGGCUGGAGACGGACCUGGGCGCGGCGCGGGGCGCCGCGGAGGACCUGCGCGCGCAGGUGGCGGCGCUGGAGGCGCGCGCGGCGCGGAGCGAGGAGGCGAGCGGGCGCGCGCUGGAGGCGGCGCGGCGGAAGCUGGACGACAUGGCCGCGGAGCUGCGCCGCUUGAAGAUGGAGGCGCAGGAGCAGGUGGCGGCGAUGCGCGGCGAGGUCGCGCGCGUCGCGGACGAGCUGAAGACGCGGCUGGCGGACGCGGCGCUCGCGCACGAGUCGGAGCUGCAGAUGGCGGUGCUGCGCGCGCGGCAGGAGGGCGACGCGGCGGCGCGGGACCAGCUCAUGGCGCUGCACCACGACACCGUGCAGGGGCUCAAGGAGUCGGCGCGGCAGGACAAGGAGCGGUCGGCGGCGGAGGCCGAGGCGCUGCAGCGGCAGGUCGCGGAGCUGCGCAGCGAGGCGGAGCGCGUGCAGCCGAUCCUGGAGAUGUGUCGCAACGCGGACGACGGCGAGAAGACCGACAUGCUGCUCAACUCCUCCCUGAAGAUCAAGGAGCUGCGGACGCGCCUGGACGACCUCGCGAACGACGUGCGGCGCGCGAAGACCGAGCGGGACAGCGCGCAGAGCACUGUGCAGCGGCUGUCGAAGCGCAUCGAGGCGCGGGAGGAGGACAUCGCCAUCAUCCUCCUGGCGAUCAAGGGCGAGCUGGGCCUUGACGACGGCAUCGCGGAGGGCCUCCUGGGGCCGGACAAGGCGUCGUUCACGCAGGCGGUGCAGGAGCUGCGGUACGCCAUCCACGGGUUCGUGGAGCGGCGCGAGCUGCAGGCCGCGGAGGACGCGCUCAGCGGAAAGCGCAUGGUGGCCAACACAGCGCUGAUGACGUUCAAGCGCGAGCGGUACGACGCGUUCGUCGCGGACAUGAACGCGGCCAAGGCCGAGGUCGGGCGGCUGGAGCGCGAGCUCGCGGCGCGGCAGGAGCAGUGCGACGCGGCGGACAAGGAGCGCGGCGAGCUGCGCGACAAGCUGGCGAGCCGGACGCAGGCCAACGCGGACCUGGAGACGCAGCUGACGCAAACCAAGGAGGAGAUCAGGGAGACGCGCACGCUGCUGGACGCCUGCCGCGCGGACCUCGCGCGCACCACCGAGGCGCUCGAGCGCACGAAGGCCGACCUGGGCGGCGAGGCCGCGGCGCGCAAGGCCGCGGAGGCCGACCUCGAGUCCACGCGCAGCCAGCUCGCGGACACGGCGGCGAAGCUCGAGGCGGCAACGGCGGCCGUGGCGGAGCUGCAGGCGGCGCAGGAGGCGAGCGGCCGCGCGCACGAGGACGCCCUGACGGCGCUGCGCGGGGAGAACGACGUCGCGGUCGCGGAGCUGCGCGCCCGGCACGACGUGGAGCUGAAGUCUGCCAGGGCGGCGGUGGAGCAGGCCGCGGCGGACGUGGCGGAGCUGCGGCGCGAGCACCAGGCGCUCGCGGACAGCGCGGCGCGCGAGGUCGCGGCGGUGCGGGAGGCGGAGCGCGCCGAGGCGCAGCACAAGCUGGAGACAGCGCAGCACGUCAACCAGUCGCAGCACGCGGACGAGGUGGCGCGGAUCGUCGCGCAGCACGCGGACGAGGCCGCGGCGCUGCGGGAGCGCAUCACGAGCGAGGUCGAGCGCGCCAGGUCCGAGUGCAUCUCCCUCGCGGAGAUGUCCCACGCCGAGGCCCUCCGCCCGCUCCGCGCGGAGGUCGCGCGCCUGCGCGAGGCCCUCGACAGCGUGCACACGCAGCGGGACGCGGACGUGGCGGCGCGCGACGCCGAGGUCGAGGAGCUCCGGUCGCGCGUCCAGGUCCUCUCGGACGAGCUCGAGGCGCUGCGCGCGAAGGCCGCGCGCCUGCAGAACCAGCUCUCGGAGGAGGUCACUCUGGGGGACAAGGCGCGGGAGGAGAGGGGGGGGCUGUUGACCGAGCGGGACGAGAUGGGCGCGCGCGUCAAGUACCUGGAAGGGAAGGUGUCGCGGCUGAUGAAGGAGGCGGCGAGCGCGGGCUCGGAGCUCCGCCAGAGGACCGCGGACGUGGAGCGGCUGGAGCAGGAGGUGCGGAUGGCCAAGGGGCGCCUGCGCGUUAGCGAGGAUCGGUCGCUCGGGUCCAUCGUGCCCGCAUGA